AUGGGGGCUGUUUGCAUUAAAAGAUAAUCUCGAUGUGAUGGAAACCUUAACUAUCCAAUAAUUAAUAAACUUAUGAAAUUUCAACCAGACAAGCAAUUUCCUUUAGUAAAACCUCAUAAUCAUUCAGACAUGGUUGAAGAAACUUAUGAAAUGAAUUAUUUAGAAUUAAUUCUUAAUUUUCAAGAGAUUCCAUUAAAAAAAAAGUAAGAGACAAAAGCAAUUCCAUUUAAUCUGAUUUAAGAUUAAUAAAUAUAGAAAACUUAAGAAGAAUAAAUAAAAACUGAACAAGAAUUAAAGGAAUAGAUUUUGGAUAAAGAAUAAACAGAAAAAUGUUUGA